GCAUGCGCAAAGCGACCCCGGCGACUGAGGCGAUGCCGGCGGGCCGCGACAAGCGGCGCCGGUGAGGGCGGCUGGGCGAGGGGGCGAGGGGGCGGCGGCGGCGGAGGGCGAGGAGGAUGGGGGAGCCUCGGCGGAGGCGGCCGCGCAGGACGACCCGCGCCUGGACCGGCGGGCGGGCCUGGUCGGCCGCGCCAUGACCGGCGAGAAGAAGAAAAAGAAGAAGCGGCUCAACCGCAGCGUCCUCCUGGCCAAGAAGACCGUCAUCCGGGAUGGCGCCGGCCGACAAGGGAUCGGGGAGCCCAGCGUGUACCAUGCCGUGGUGGUGAUUUUCCUGGAGUUCUUUGCCUGGGGGCUGCUCACCACCCCAAUGUUAACUGUCUUACACCAGACUUUCCCUCAACAUACCUUUUUAAUGAACGGUCUGAUCCACGGAGUCAAGGGUCUGCUCUCUUUCCUAAGUGCCCCAUUAAUUGGAGCCCUGUCUGAUGUCUGGGGUAGAAAAUCAUUCCUGCUCCUCACAGUGUUCUUCACCUGUGCGCCAAUCCCUCUCAUGAAGAUCAGUCCAUGGUGGUAUUUUGCCGUCAUCUCCAUGUCUGGAGUGUUUGCUGUCACCUUCUCUGUGAUUUUUGCCUACGUUGCCGACAUCACGCAAGAACACGAGCGCAGUACCGCUUACGGCUUGGUGUCAGCCACGUUUGCCGCAAGCCUGGUGACGAGUCCCGCCAUCGGCGCCUACCUGGCUCGCGAUUACAGCGACACCCUGGUCGUGGUGCUGGCUUCCGGAGUCGCGCUGCUGGACAUUGGCUUCAUCCUAUUGGCCGUGCCCGAGUCCCUGCCGGAGGAAAUGCGCCCUGUGUCUUGGGGGGCACCUAUCUCUUGGGAGCAAGCAGAUCCCUUUGCUUCUCUCCGCAAAGUGGGCCAGGAUUCCACUGUCCUCCUGAUCUGCAUCACCGUCUUUCUCUCCUACCUUCCUGAAGCUGGCCAGUACUCCAGCUUUUUCCUCUACCUGCGGCAGGUCAUCAGGUUUUCCUCGGAGACCGUGGCAGCCUUUAUUGGUGUGGUUGGAAUUCUUUCCAUACUGGCUCAGACUGUUAUUGCUUUCCCGGGAUCCCACCUGAGGUCUGUUGGGAACAAGAACACCAUCCUUCUGGGCCUGGGCUUUCAAAUCCUGCAGCUUGCUUGGUAUGGUUUUGGAUCGCAGCCUUGGAUGAUGUGGGCAGCUGGGGCCGUGAAGACCAUGUCGAAGGCAUCACUUUUCCCGCCAUUGAAGUGCCAUGGUGUUUCCAGGAAUGCCGAUCCCGACUGUGCAGCAAGGUGUGGUUCAAGGGAUGAUCACCGGGAUCCGGGGCUUGUGCAACGGGCUGGGCCCCGCCCUCUACGGCUUCGUCUUCUACCUGUUCCACGUGGAGCUGGAAAGCGAAGAUAUGGCCGGUGGUGGAGCCCUGGGCAAAGCCUCCUAAUAGAGCCAAUUUCCAUGGCUUAACCAACUGAUGAGAGGAGCAUCAUCCCGGGGCCCCCUUUCCUCUUCGGAGCCUGCUGCGUCCUCUUGUCUCUCCUCGCGGCCUUGUUUAUUCCCGAGCACAGCCCUGCCUUGAGGUCAGGCAGCCACAAGAGACACAGCAACGGGGCCCAGGCCCAUAUCCACGGCCCCCCAGGGGCGGGCUCGGACAGCAAAGAGCCUCUACUGGAGGACAGCAGCGUAUGAAGGGAGCGGAGGCCGCCUGGAGCUUCGACUCUUGCCGAGGACAGGCCACGUGGCCCAGAUCGACAGCGGAGGGACAAGAAGGUGGUGGGAUGAUGCUGGGGUCCCGGGAUGGUGGAGGGAAAGCGGUCCCUCCUGGAGCCAAACGUAUUCAUCUGCGGUGGAAGGCCCUGCACCGCUGGGUUCCGCAAGAAGGGAAGGGGUCUUUCAGUUUGCCAAGCGGAGGACGUUGACACUCUCUUAAAUGCUGACAUAAUGGGGAGGGGGGUCGACCUGCCAAAAUAAACCCCUCUCCUGACCAGUCAGAAGACGGGGGUGGUUCUCAUUCCUGCUCUUUUUAAUAAACCAAGACCAAACUGA